UGGGGGGGUAGGAGGAGGUGGAGGGGGUCGCUGAAGAGCCGCCGCCGCCGCCGCCGCCGCUGCUAUUUAUUGUUUUCGAGUCCCGUCGAUCGGCGAUGUCCUCGCAAGUGGCGCCGCGAGUGCGGCCCAGCGGCUCCCCGACCUCCAGCCGCCCUCAGCCGCUCCGAGCCACCGUCCCCUUUCAGCUGCGGGCGGCCGGCGGCGGCAGCAGCAGCAGCAAUCCCCCCGUCGGUGCCAGGCUGGCCCCCGGCUCCUCCUCGGCACCGUCCCCGGCUCCGUCCGUCUCACCGCCGGGGAGCCGCAGCGCCUUCCACAGCGUCACCACCUCGACCAGCACCGGCCCCGGGCCGGGGGAGCCAGAGGCGGCCUGGAGGUCGGCCCCAUCCGGGGAGAGGAAAGGCAGUUACUCGACCUCCUGCUGCACAUCUCCCGUCAGCAAAGCAGUUGAGAAACCUAAGACUCAUCAGACAAAAUCUUGCAUACGACGCACCUCCUCCCUUGACACCAUCAUUGGACCUUACUUGAUAGGGCAGUGGCCACGUGAUACUGACAUACACGCUACAUGGGAGAAUGAGAAAGCCACACAGACUCCGAGCACCUGGCAUGAGAUAGGCCUGAAGAGGAAAAACUCUCAUAAGCGUUCUGCAUCAUGGGGCAGUGCAGAUCAGCUGAAAGAGAUUGCAAAGCUCAGACAGCAACUUCAACGCACUAAACUAAGUAAGAAGCAUGGUAAGGAUAAAGAGAGACAGUCACCUCUGCAUGGUGAUCAUGCUGCUUUGGGUGUAGUACAGCAGGGACCUUCCAAGUUUGUACCAAUUCUGCCAGCAAAUCUUGCCAUCACAAAGUUAAUUCCACGACUUAGAAACAGUUUGGAGGCAAUAAAUCAAGAAAUUGAAGGAAUGUUUAUCAAAGAACCUGGGGAUAAAGAGUUACUGAAGAUAAUGGAAGCACCUGAUGGGCACAGGGCACCCUUUCCUUCACAACGACACAGCAGCAGUUCUCAAAGUGAACCUUCACCUAUCCCUCUUGAGCAGACGAGUGGCUAUAGUAGUCCUUCUCCAUAUCCCUCCCCAUCUCCUUCCCCUUCGUAUCCAAAUGGAAGCCAGGAAGAGGGGCCAUCUAUUAUAGAAGAUGUAUCAUUUUUUGUUCGAGACAAAGAUAGUGGCACAAGCUCCCCCCUUCUGAAGUAUGCUUCUUCUCCCAAACCUAACCACAGCUAUAUGUUCAAGCGAGAGCCUCCAGAAGGUUGCGAACGGGUGACUGCAUUUGAAGAAACACCGACAAUUUCCUUUGGGCAGGCUUUGCUAUACUCGUGUCCAGAUAAAAACAAGGUUAAUUUCAACCCUACUGGCUCUGCCUUCUGUCCAGUCCAUAUUCUCAAACCUCUUUUACCAACUGUUGACUUAAUAUUAAGGCACUUGCCAACGUCUGCUUCAUCAACCCCUUCAAACACAGGGGGAUCAUCAAGCACUUUGACCUCUUGCCAGUCUACAACUCAGGUCUCAUUCCAGCAGCCAUUGGAGGAUUCAGGGACCACAGACUUUACUGAGCUUUCUAAGGAACAACCUUUACAGUUUGAUCCUUGGAAACUUGCUCAGGCUGAAGAAGGUGCCUUUUUCCAGAGCUCAUUAGUAAUUUAGACUGGCAAAUCUGCAAAAGUUAAAUAGCUGACUGGAACUUUAUCCCUAACAAGUUUAUGGUGGUAGAUGCUAGUGAUAUUGGUUGUCUUGGCCAUAAAUGUAAUUGUAUCUUGACUGCGGUUUAACUGUUUUGGAUGUAAACAGAUACUAAACCAACAAAUGAAGCAUGUCUUCAAGGGAGAUUUGGCUGAACAUUAGUAUUUGUCUAUAAAUAUUUGUGCUGAAGGCAAUGGUUUAUCAACAAACAAGCUUAUUUGAAUAGAAAUUCUAGGUAUUCUAUGCUACAAAACUGAUAAGUUCAAAGAUGUCUGCUAGUCUUUGUUAACUUUUUAACCAUAGCAGUACAUUUUCUUUCUUGGCUUGAGCCCAAAUGUUGCAACUUCAAUAAGCACAAGGAAAUAAGGAAAAUCGUGAAGACAGACAUAGGACUGUAUUAAAUGGUGGCCACUGGUUAAUUUUUGCUGGGUAUUUUUCAGUCAGCAUCUAACCUCAUAGUACCUUGUGUGUAAGACUGCUACAGUAUUUAGAGAAUAAAUUUGUUUAUAUAUUAAAUGCACAUUGGAAGCUUUUCCUUAACUUCCUUGCUCUUUACUUUAUGAAAAGCAUUAGGUUUAGCAUUUUUAAGCAGUGUCCUACGCAACUGCUGUCGAUUUCAAGGUUGUAGAAUAUGGAGUCUAAUAUGGAAUAAUAGAAAUCCUGGGUUACUGAUUACAAUUGGUACAAGUUAGACCAUUGGGUGCUGCUGAACAAUUGAUCCCAGUAAAAUACUGGAAUUUACUAACUAUCCUAUAGCAGCAAGUAUGUUUCCUGCCAAUGUAACACCUGUGUAAGCUCAGUACAGAAACUGAACUGUAAAUGGUGUUUGAUCUACUUCAAAACCUUAGUACUUGUGUAUAAUUGACAACUUAAGCCUAUUAAUGAAGAUGUCACAAGGGAAAUUAAAUUCCUGUUUAUCCAAUAUUGGGCAAAAUUAUCCCUCUUCAUUUCUCACUUUUUAAUUGAGACUGAAUAGAAUGAAUUGCCAUGGAAACUUUCUGCCAGACAAAAGAGUAGGAGGGUAUUUUAAAAUCAAUGUAAUUUUUAAGAUCUAUAAGGUUAACAACUCAAAUAUUUGGCAUUGAUUAAAUUUAAUUUGUCCAAGUUAAAUAAAACAUUUUGUGAAAGGUGACUGGGCUAAUCUAAAAUCAAGUGAGGUGACAAUUUGAAAAUAUCAGAAUUGGUGUUGCAGUUAUAUUGAUGUAAUCUGUGCAAUUAACUGACAGAAACUUCAGUUCCUUGACACAGCUUGCAAGUGCUGUGCUGUAUGUUGCAUUCUGCUAUUGUUUUACACAAAAUAAAUUUCAUGGCCAAUUAUAUUAAGUUCAAUUUUUUUUUUGUAGUUUGACUGCUGCAACCAGCAUCAGUAACAUUUUGAACUUUGUGGGGAGAUUUUUUUUUGGCUGCUUUUAAAUUUAUUGGCCAUUGAGAUAAUUUCAGUCUUCCCUGUUAAGUUUUCUGCCCAAUUGCUACUAUUUAGGAAUAAGAAUUAAAUGUAAUAUUUUAAACAUUGGGCUGCAUUUACUAAAUGUAAUAAUUAUAAGCUACUAUUUAGCACCAAGGGUUUAAAGAGUGGCUUAAUUUGAUGUAUUUGAUUUCACUACUCAAACUAGUUUGGCUUUUUUUGUAAAGGAGCAAAGAGGGAACAAGUGAAAAGCACAAGGUUAAUUUGCACGUAUGUCUAACAGCCAUCUGUUCAGCUUUUCUUUUCUCAUUUGUCACUGUUUCAAUGCUUUUUUUCUACUGAAAUGUAUUUUUAAAAUUUACUUAAUGUAAGUCUUGGCUUACAUAUACAGAAAUGUAUUUUUUUUUGCUUUGUAUUUAUUUAAACAAUUGAUGUACCCAUUUGAAGGGCUAGCUUCAUUUAAGGUCUGUCUUGGGUAUUAAAACAAAGUAUCUAUCUGAAGCCUCUAGCUUAAAAGCAAAAUGUAUAGAUAUAUAUGUAUUACAAAGAAACUGCUUAGAUCCUCUGCAUUCCAGUUUAAUUUGCAGGUAUAUUCUGAUACAGAGCCUGUCAAAGUAAAAGCACCAGCAUUUAAACUCUUAAUCAUCUUGUCUCAUAUUGGAAGAUUGGUUAAUUAGGUUUCAGAAGCAAGUUGAGUGGAGUGCCCAAAAGGAUUGUCAUGGUGUGCUCCUGGCUUGUGCAUUAAGUUUCAACGCAAUCUGUAAUUGUGCUUAUUUUUCCAUUGCCUAGAUAGUGAAACUGUAGACAGCAAGUGACCUAACAUAUUGGUCUGUACAUCAUGAUCUUUGAAACUGCUUUGAAAGAGGCUUGAUUCUAAAUUGAACAGUGCAGUGCAAUGCAAUUAUCAAAUUGUAUUUGGGAGGUUCAGUGAAACUCCUGCUGUUUGAAGUUGAUAUUUAUCCCUGGCCUACUCUUAACUUUCCACCUGCUCCUUUCCCCAAAAAGCCUUGGUAUACGUAUUUGGGAAAGAAAAUAGCUGUUGGUUCCUGAUAGUGGCAAAUGUUACACUUAGGGUGAAAAAGCAUUAAAUGUAAUUGUGGCAGUUGUUUUCUUGCAGUCAGCAGUGUCUAGAGUGCCAUUUUAAUUUUUUCCGUUGAACCUUGGCCUCCUUGCCUUUGUUUCGCUUUGGAACUCUGUAUACAGUAUUCCAAAGUCAUAUGUAUAGUGCAACUCUCAAGGUACAGUUUCUGUUCUUAUGUCUCAUUUAACUACUGUUUAAUUUCUGUAUACUGCAAAUAAAGAAAAAAAUGAAGGUUAAACAGAUUUUAAAGUUUACUCUAAAUUGUUCGGGGGAUAACAUUCACAUGUCUUCUAAAGCUGAGAAAAUUCCUUGAUUUUGUAUUACCUCAUGUUCUACUUGAUAACAAAUUUUACAAAUGCAUAUUUCUAAUUGGUUAACUUAUUUUUAUGGGGUGCUGUAUUAUAAACUCUCGCUUCACACUUUUUUGCACUGUUGCAUGAAAUCAAAAGCAAUGCGAUAGUAUCUCUUUGAUUUUUAAGCUACUUUUUUUGUGAAAUUGUGAAAUGUCAUUACCAACCUGACUCCUAUAAAAUAAUUACCACACUUGUGGUUUAAUGUCUUAAACCACUUUUAGGGAGAUGCAUGUUUGUAAUAAAGUGCAACAUUGUAUCUGGUUGAGUUUUUGAUUUGAAGUGUGUUAUCUACUGUGAGGGAAGAUAUCCUGAUUGGAAGCAGUGCACCUUAUAGGAGAAAAUAUUGUCACGUUUUUAAGUGUACUAGCACCUUCUGGUGGUAGAAGCCAAGUACUGUAACAGUAUUAAACAGACCGUAAUCUUUUGAAAUUGCUAGGUCUUGAACAACUGCACCUGUGGUGGAACAAGUUUAAGUGAUCUUCUCCUGUUGCUUUAUUAAUAUAUUCAAUUUACUAUUGAAUUUUAGCAGCAGCCAUUUUUUUAGUCUAGAUCAAAUGUCACUCUUCCUGUGCUGCUUUAUUGAAAAAACAAUACCUCUCAGUAACCUUUGGCUGAAACAAUUGUUGCUUACAUUGUACUUUCUAAAAAGAAAUUCCAGUGGCUAUUAAACUUGAGAAUCAGCAAACAAAAAUUCAAAGCAAAAAAUAUCUGUAUGACCAUUUGUAAAUAAUGAACAUGAGUGACACCAGCUAGUGUAGCUGACUUUAUAAAGCUAAGGCGUUGUAGGCAUAGAAUUCCUCCUCCAACUUUAAAACACUGUACCAUGACACGUUUCCUUAGACACUGAAAUGUGUAUUCACAUUGAAAAUUAGCAUAUCUGAAGAAUUAUAACUAUUGCGUUUUGUAUUCUGUACUUGUUGGAAAUGAACUGUUAUGAUGACUGCAAAUAAUACCAUGUGAAUGUUGAGUAAAUUGCUGACCAAAUUGGUUAAUGUAACACCAGUUUUGUAUUUAAAGAUUUGAAUUGGCCUGGAAUUGUAUCUUUGUAGAAUUAUUUUGUCUUAUACACACUAUUUGGGGGUUUGGUUGACAUUGUAUAUAUGUUUCAGCUCAUUAAGCUUGGACAAAUGUAUUGACCACAUGAGCUGUGUUUUAGCGUGUGGAUUUGUGUGUUUUUAAGAAGUAGGUUCAGUUUCAAAAAAUACAAAAAUAAAGUGCCAAUUUUCAUUGCA